AUGACGCCCAUCUUUCGCCUCCACUCAGAAUCGAGCCGAUUUGGCGUAAUCGGGGCGGGUACAUCGGCGAUGGACUUUGCUGCUCGAGAAGGACACGCCGCAUCGCAGCGUUCUUCUGGAAGCGACGUGUUGAACCCUGCGCCAAAAGCGAGAACGAAGGCAAGCCCCGCUGCGCAGAGACCAACACCGCAAGCUCUUUCGGCAUGCUUCCGAAACUCUUGUCCUCGCCGCUGCGCUGAGCUUGAUCCUGUCUUCCUGUCGUCACACGCAUCACCCGGUCACGCCAAACCUCGGAGCUUAGGUGGAGUUGUGAUUCGCUGGCUCGAGCUUGAGAGCAGCAGCGCUAGGCUCGAGGGCAUCUCUGCCGACCCUUCAUUUGGCUCAUCACGUCGCAUCUCGCUCGAUCGAAACGUCGCCUCCCGCCCGGCUUCGCUCUGA